CUUGGGAGCUCUCAGCACCCUCCGCAGGCGGGCUGUGUGAUUGGCUGAGCCCUGACCAUGAUGUCAUCACUGCAUGUUAUAAGGGCUCUGACAAAUAGCCCGGGAGACACAUUAGAAGAAACACUGCUCCACUGAGGGACUGAGUGAGGGGGCUCACGGAGAUUAAGAAUAACAGUCGGCCGGCAGAAGGACAUGUGACAGUGAAUACUUGUCAGGAAGUACCUGAACAGUGACAUUUCUACUUUUUAUGGGAGGCAGGAAAGCAAACAGCAACCUGUGGAGAUGGGAAGUGCAACCCCCCCAGGGUACCUUAAUCUGAGCACAGAGAUGGUCACCACACCAGCCCCGGCAAAGCAAGAGGAGAGUUACAGCGAGGCAACAAUGAUCCUGCUGGGCAUGAUCAUGUCCUUACUCGUCUUGUGCAUCGUCUUUGGGAACAUCCUGGUCAUUACAGCCAUCGCCCGCUUCCAGCGUCUCCAAAAUGUUACCAACUGUUUCAUCACAUCCUUGGCCUGCGCUGACCUGGUCAUGGGUCUUAUUGUGAUUCCUUUUGGUGCCUGUUACAUCAUCUUCAAGACUUGGCACUUUGGUAGUUUCUGGUGUGAGUUCUGGACUGCGACCGACGUGCUCUGCGUGACGGCAAGCAUCGAGACCCUGUGCGUCAUAGCUAUAGACCGUUACUUGGCCAUCACUUCUCCCUUCCGCUACCAGUCCAUGCUGACCAAGUGCAGAGCCCGCAUUGUGGUGGUGCUGGUGUGGGUGAUAGCCGCCUUGAUAUCUUUCCUGCCCAUCCACAUGAAGUGGUGGAUAUCAGAUGAUGACGAUGCUAAGAAGUGCAUAAAGGACAUUAACUGCUGCGAGUUCUCCACCAACAUGGCUUACGCCAUCACCUCCUCCAUCAUUUCCUUCUACAUCCCAUUGGUCAUCAUGGUUUUUGUCUACAGCCGUGUUUUCCAGGAGGCGAAGCGCCAGCUCAAGAAGAUUGACCAAAGCGUUGGACGUUUCCAUAACAGCGACAAUAGCAACCUCAACUCUCUGGAGGCCAACAAUGGGCGUGGCCAGAAGAAGGCCAAGUUCUGCCUGCGAGAGCACAAAGCCCUAAAGACCCUGGGCAUCAUCAUGGGGAUCUUCACUCUGUGCUGGCUGCCCUUCUUCCUGCUCAACGUGGUGGUGGCCAUAUGGAAGGAGCAGCACAACGACCUCGCCUUCAGGAUACUGAACUGGAUAGGAUACGCAAACUCUGCCUUCAACCCGCUCAUUUACUGUCGGAGUCCAGAGUUCAGGUAUGCUUUCAAGGAAAUCCUCUGCAUGAAGAGGAACCGCCUCAGCAACCCGGGGCCCGUGAACGGAUACAUCUACAGCCGGCACAGCUGGCAAAGCGAGCAGCAAGGGAGGAGUAAAGGCAGCUCGGAGGACAGCGACACCAAUGAAGGGUGUCUGGGGAAGGGAGCGGGGGUCUGCAGUGUGGACAGAACGGUGGACCCCAACGGGAAUUGCAGCAAAGGCCUGUCGACUGUAACUACUGUCCUUUAAACUAGGAUCCCUAAGAAGGCCAAUCCAGAUGUGUUUACACUGCUAUCAUAAAGGUUUUUUCAAAUUGACCCGUGAAGGUAAGACCAGUCGACGUGACUGGUGGCGUCUCUGAAGACUGCUUUAAAAAAUAAUCAUGAUCAGCUAAGGAGAGUAUUCCUCUUUCUAAUACUGUAGGUAGAGCCCUUUUCCUUUUGUUACAUUUAAUGUUUAAUUUCCAUCUACCUCAUUGCACUUUUCUUUUAUUUUAAAUUUGUUUUUCUAGACUGGCUGUCAAAAUAGAUCACAUAAACUCACUGUCCACAGGAGGACAAUAUCUCAGCUGGGUAUUUAUGCUACUAAAUGGUCUGUGCAUUGUUAUAACUGCUAAUGAUCUGGCUCCAAUUGAAUUUGUGAGCAUGUGUUUUUAUCUCUUGGUCAACUGUCUCGGAACACACUAACAUAAAAAAUAGUUUUUAAAAUUCAAAGUCACUGUUGUCGGAGGCCAUGAAUUCCAUUCGGCGCGGACAGUGAGCUCUUAUUUCCAUCAGAAUAUGCACGAGGAGCACGGAAGGGUCAAACUUAAUGCCUCUUUGGUGCUUUUGUUUCGAUGGAACACAUUCCAAAUCAAAGAAAAAAAAAUGUAAAUUGGCUUCAUUUUGGUUUCAUUUUUCUUUGAUGUGCUGCCUCAGUGUGAAAGAUGAUCAACAACAGGUGUGGCAGAACCUGUCUCUCUCCCUCUCUCUCGUGCUGUCUGUCUGUCUGUCUGUCUCUCCCCUCGCUGCUCAGCAAUGCUGCGAGGCCCUCCUCCGUGCUCUAGUGUUUUACAACCUGUUGCUUGGGAGUUUCUGUUGCCAGCAGAUAGCACCUGAGAUAUGAACUUUUCUGCAUGCCACUGCUGAGCAAUGAGAAACGCCUGGGGUUAUCCUCUGCUAGUGAAAUAGUAAAAUGUGCAAGUUCAUAUACAUUAUAUACUCAGCCAGAUUCCAUUAUCAGCCCUGAAGAUGAUAUCUGAUAUCCUUCUCUGCGGAUGGUUAAUGUGGUUAAUCCUGGGUUUUAAAGCUUGCAGCUGUCAUAUGAGUGAAUUCAAAUGAAUUUCUUUGAAAGUUUGCAACUGCACAACCCGCAAGUCCUGUCUUGCACUCGGUCCUUGGGUUCAUCUGUGCAACACAAAAUCAGUUUUUAGUACAUUAUGUAGCCAUCACGUAAGCAAAACGCAAACUAUUCACCCUCUGUCCCCGCUCUAUGGAUCCCCUUUGUUGCACAGGCCGUGUUUGUUUAUUACGUUAUGUGGUCGCUGCGUUUCAGCAUCUGCUGUGUUUACUGAAACCGGAGAGGCAGUUUCCUCAGUCAUGGCACAAGGGUACAAACCACACACACAAUAAUAAACAGUGUGUCAAAAUAGCCGAGUGAUAACAAAGUUCCAGGCCGAGAUGAUAAAACGGUCCUGAGCCGCGCACCUUUCUCACCGCUCCCUGACAUUUCCCAGAGUCCCCUCACUGUAAACGGAUGUCUCCAUCUCUAUGAAAUCCGUGUCACAUUUUGAGGAGACGGUGCCUCAGCUGUUCCAGUUGUUUCAGUCAAUUUACUUCAGCCUGCUUGGUUUGCGGUCUCCAGGAAAUGCUGAGCCCAGCCCGAUAAACACGAACAAAUCCAUUAUCUCUUCUGGUUUGCUGGGGCAUCAGAUAGCGCCGUUGCAAAAACAACGCCGGAAAUAGGUUGGCUGAUAACAAAAGUCACCGAUUUACAGGUUGUUACGAGGUCCAACUGGCUGACCUGAAAUGAGACUCACUAAUUUUAUCACCCAUUGUAAAGGGGCACUAUGUAUUUUUGCAGAAAGAAAUGAAAGCUCUGAAUUUGAAUAUUUACAAUAUUAAUGAGGUAGUAAUACAAGCUCAUAAGUAUACAUGUUUUAAUACACUACACAAUAAGCUCCCCAGUUUGAAGCUGGAAAGGUGGCAGGGUCCAAAUAUAAACAGUGAAUCAGUAUGAAACUGUGUCGCCCUUUAAGGUCAAUGGAGAUAUUUCUCUCUGAUUAAAGUUUCCUCCCCAGAAAUACAUAGUGCAGCUUUAAGAUCACAUGCUUUUGUCACAGGAAUGUCGUCCUUUGACUGCGGCAAGCAUUAAUGAAAGGUGAGCAGGUGAGCAGCAGUGCACGGCUUUCAUCAGAUGACUUUUCCCCCACUAAAUAGCUGCACUGUAAGACCAUUAAACUGAAGGGCAGGAACCGAGGUGUUGUUGCAGAUGUAACCCCCGUUCUGAAGUCUGUUUGGCAAUCUUGCACAUGUUCUAAUCAAAGUGACAGCACGCUAAAUGUGGCUACUGAAGACGGAGGG